UUGACUAUUGGACGCACGAAAUUGUUGACAAAGAUCAAAGCAACACCAAAAGGAUAGUAGCUAUGAUUUGGUUUCCUCAAUCUUCGUGGUCUAUCGAUUACACACAAGCUGAUGAUGACAUCGGCAGCUCUGGACAUGGAUUCCGUCAGAGCAGCACCAACUACCAUCUGCCACAUGGUGGCCAUGCCUUACCCAGGUCGCGGCCACAUCAAUUCGAUGAUGAACUUCUGCAAGAUACUAGCUUCGAAGCAGCCCGACAUUCUCGUCACCUUCGUUGUCACCGAGGAAUGGCUCGGCUUCAUAGGCUCCGACCCUAAGCCGGAAAACAUACACUUCGCCUCCAUACCUAAUGUUGUCCCAUCGGAGCUGGUUCGCGCCGCUGAUUUGAGCAAGUUCAUAGAAGCCGUCAUAACGAAGAUGGAAGCCCCAAUCGAGCGGCUCCUGAACAUACUGGAGCCGCUUCCGACAGUUAUCGUGGCUGAUACUUGGUUGUUUUGGGCGGUCGGCAUCGGGAAGCGUAGGAAUAUUCCGGUGGCGAUGUAUUGGCCUAUGUCGGCUUCGAUGUUCACAGUCAUCCAACAUUUCCAUCUUUUUGCCCAAAACGGUCAUUUCCCAGUUGACAUCUCAGCAAAAGGCGAUGAGCAAGUGGACUAUAUUCCUGGAAUUUCUUCCACGCGUCUAGUGGAUCUACUUGCUUCAUCGAAUGGGAGCAACCUACAAAUAACGCAUAGGCUCCUGGAAGCUUUUUCAUGGUUGAGCAAAGCACAGUAUCUCUUACUCACUUCCUUGUACGAGCUCGAAUCUCAAGCAAUCGAUGUUCUAAAAUCAGAGUUCCCAUUCCCUGUCUAUGCUGUUGCCCCAGCCAUACCUUACUUGGAUGUUGCAGAAAAUUCCCCCCAAGCUUCCGACGACAGUGACCCCAACUACUUUGAAUGGCUCGAUUCUCAGCCAAGAAGCUCUGUUGUAUAUAUUUCAAUGGGAAGCCUCCUCUCGGUUUCUAGUGCCCAAAUGGAUGAACUUGCAGCCGGUUUGCGAGGCAGUGGUGUCGGAUUCUUGUGGGUGGCGCGUGGUGAGGCUUGUAGGCUGAAGGAGGUUUGUGGUGAUAGGGGGUUAGUGGUGCCAUGGUGCGACCAAUUGAGGGUGUUGUCUCAUUCUUCAAUAGGGGGGUUUUUGACGCAUUGUGGGUGGAAUUCCAUUCAAGAAGGUGUGUUUUGUGGUGUUCCUUUUCUCACCUUUCCCAUAGUCGCGGAUCAAAUCCAAAACAGUAAGCUAAUUGUGGAGGAUUGGAGGAUUGGGUGGAGGGUGAAGGAAGAUGUGGGAGUGGACUGCUUGGUGGCAAGAGAGCAAAUCAAAGGGAUAGUGCAGAAGUUCAUGGAUUUGGAAAGUGGUGAAGUGAAAGAAAUGAGGAAAAGAACAAGUGAACUUCAACAGAUAUGUCAACGUGCGAUUGAGAAAGGUGGUUCAUCUGAAACUAACAUCAGUGCCUUCAUUAGGGACAUUUCACAAUGCCAUGGACGCUGAGGAGAUUACAACUCUAUGACUAUGUUCUAAUUAGUUACACAACCUGUUCAUGCAUGUGCCUUCUCUUAUCUCUAUAAUAUUCCUGUUUAAUUUUGCUCCAAAAUUUCCUUAAACUAAAGGCACAAACUGAAUGAAAUUUUUCACUUUUUUGGUGACUUAUCCUA